GGGCAACACCUUCGCUCACUGCAUUUCCUCUACGAGCUCUCUCUUCCUACACCAAUUCAUAGAUCGGCAGAGGUCAAGUGCGCAGUCACCACAUCUCCUGCAUCCCCAUCCCUUCUCCUCUUAGUCACCAAUUGCGCUUGCCCCCGCGCAUCGUCGCCAUGUCCUCUCGUCGUCAGGAUGCAUACAAGAACAAGGGCCAGUUUAAGGCGGAUGAGCUGCGUCGAAGGAGGGAAGAAGCUCAGGUAGAGAUCAGAAAGCAGAAGAGGGAAGAGAGCAUGGCAAAGAGGAGGAACUUGGACUCGGCUGCCCUCAGCGAUGCAGAGACGGAUGAUGAGGAGGCAGUUGGAGCCAUGCUCGACACUCAGCUCUCCGACUCGCUUCCACAGAUGAUUGAGGGAGUUAUGUCCGACAACCUUGACCGACAACUCGACUGUACGACCAAGUUCAGAAAGCUCCUGUCCAAGGAGCGUAGCCCACCUAUCGACAAAGUCAUCAACUGUGGUGUCGUGCCGCGAUUCGUAGAGUUCCUUCGCAGCCCAGCAUCUCCCCUGCAGUUUGAAGCCGCUUGGGCCCUCACCAACAUCGCAUCCGGUACAUCCACCCACACCCAGGUCGUCAUCAACGAAGGAGCAGUCCCCAUCUUCAUCGAGCUCCUCUCGUCGCCCAUCUUUGACGUCCGAGAGCAAGCCGUCUGGGCGCUGGGUAACAUUGCUGGAGACAGCCCCAACUGCCGCGACUUUGUUCUUCGAGCUGGAGCCAUGCGACCUCUCUGCGCUCUUCUCAACGAGAAUCACAAGCUCAGCAUGCUUCGCAACGCCACCUGGACUCUCAGCAACUUCUGCCGAGGCAAGAACCCUCAGCCCGAGUGGGAGCUCGUGUCGCCCGCCCUCACUGUCCUUUCCAAGCUGAUCUACUCUCACGACGAUGAAGUCCUCAUUGACGCUUGCUGGGCCGUCUCCUACCUCUCGGACGGCGCCAACGAGAAGAUUCAGGCCUGCAUCGAGUCUGGCCUCUGCCGCCGCCUGGUUGACUUGCUGAACCACAAGUCGACGGCUGUACAGACGCCUGCUUUGCGCUCCGUGGGCAACAUUGUGACCGGUGACGAUCUGCAGACGCAGGUUGUCAUUGCCUCGGGCGCUCUUCCCUCUCUCCUUGCUCUCCUCUCGUCGCCCAAGGACGGCAUCAAGAAGGAGGCAUGCUGGACCAUCUCAAACAUCACUGCGGGUUCCUCGCACCAGAUUCAAGCAGUAAUCGACGCCAACAUCGUGCCUCCCCUGAUUGACAUUCUCGCUCGCGCCGACUUCAAGACGCGCAAGGAAGCCUGCUGGGCAAUCAGCAACGCAACAUCUGGCGGCCUGCAAGAGCCCAGCCAGAUCCGCUAUCUCGUUAGCCAGGGCUGCAUUAAGCCCCUGUGCGACAUCUUGAAGUCGAUGGACAAUCGUAUCAUCCAGGUGGCACUUGAUGGACUGGAGAACAUCUUGAAGGUGGGCGAAAACGACAAGGAGGCAAAUCCGGGGAGCGUCAAUCAGUAUGCGCUGCACAUCGAGGAGUGCGGAGGGAUGGUCACCAUUCACCAGCUGCAACAUCAUGAGAACUUGGAGAUCUACAAGAAGUGCUUCUUCAUCAUGGACAAGUACUUCCCGGACGAGGACGACACUGGAGCGGACACGGGCGUCGAUGCGCCUCAGGUCGAUGCGUCGGGUGCCUUUGCCUUCCAGCCUCAGAUGCAAGCCCCGAGCGGGGGCUUCAACUUCGCGUCGCAGUAGUUGCGAGGAGACGAGGCUUUUGUCGUGGGCUCGUAGAUCAGAAUAGCAGAGGGGCAGAGGUGGAGUUGUUCGAAGACGUGACGAGGCGAUGUGGGGCGAGGAGAAGCGGCUGUUGUGCGAUUGCGUUCAUGACGACAACGUUGACGAAUGUUGUUGAUGAAGAAGCUCGCAUCUUUGCCACACUUGGGCUGAGAGAAUCCC